ACUCAAAAUUCAUCAUAUCCAACCAAAAAUCUUCUUAGCUUUCUUCACAAACAACUAUGGUUGUUUUGUCUCAACCACUUGUAGAAAAUGUUUCACACAUUAAAACAUGCAAACAUAACAACACUACUAGUGAUCAUGUUUACACUGGUAUUAUUCCAGUAAUAGACUUAUUAGAUCCUGAAGCCAACAACCUUAUUAUAAAAGCUUGUCAAGAAUUUGGUUUCUUUAAGGUGGUGAAUCAUGGUGUCCCUAUUGAGACAAUUACCAAAUUAGAAAAUGAAUCUAUCAACUUCUUCAACUUGUCCCAAAUUGAGAAAGACAAAGUUGGCCCUGCUAAACCUUUUGGCUAUGGUAACAAAAGAAUUGGCUCUAAUGGUGAUGUUGGUUGGGUUGAAUAUUUACUCUUCACAACUAAUCCUGAACUCAAUCACAACAAAUCCAUCACUAUUCCUGGAAAUUCCCUUCUCUUUUGGGGACUUGUGAACGAGUAUAUAAGUGCAGUAAGAAAUAUGGGAUGUAUGGUGCUAGAAAUGAUAGCAGAAGGGUUGAAUAUAGAACCAAAGAAUAUACUAAGUAGGAUGCUAAGUGAUGAAAAAAGUGACUCAUGUUUUAGGCUAAAUCACUAUCCACCAUAUCCAGAGUUGCUUCAAGCAUUGAGUGGUAGAAAUUUGAUUGGUUUUGGUGAACACACAGACCCACAAGUAAUAUCAGUUGGAAGAUCUAAUAGCACAAGUGGCCUCCAAAUCUCUCUGAAAGAUGGGACAUGGAUCUCAGUCCCACCUGAUCCCUACUCUUUUUUCAUCAAUGUUGGUGACUCAUUGCAGGCAAUAAGUAACGGAAGGUUUAUGAGUGUGAGGCACAGAGUGGUCGCAGAUAGUUUGAAAGCCAGGGUGUCAAUGGUUUACUUUGGAGGGCCACCAUUGAGUGAAAAGAUAGCACCUUUAUCAAGUCUAAUGGAGGAUCCUAAUGAGCAAAUUCUCUACAAUGAUUUCACAUGGUCUGAAUACAAGACAUCAGCUUAUAAGACAAGGCUUGGUGAUAAUAGGUUGUCCCUCUUUGAAAAGAAUGCUCAAUCAUGACAAUAUAUUGUCAAAUAUAGCCCAACUUAGGAAAUUUUACUUAGGAUUUUGACACCGCUUGCCUUACUUGGAAAUGAAAAAAAAGAAUAGGGUCGUUAAUGACUCGGACCAGGUGUUUACGAUCUGAGCAACUCUGCUAUCAAAUAUUUUUGUUUUGUUUUGUUUUGUAUCCUUUUUGAGGUUUAUGGUUUUAUGUCAUCACCAACUUUUACUUGUUGUGCUUAAUUUGUAACAACUAUCCUUGU